GUUAAUGAUUUUAUAUCAAUUGAUAAACAUUUAAUUACAUUAACCAUCAAUAAAAAUCCUUUUAGAUCUGUAAGGAUAAAAGAAAGCUCUAUUGAAUUUAUUGAAGCUAAAAAUAUAGUUGUAACUUGCAAAUUUAGUGAAUGCCCCGAAUUAUGGAUGAAAAUUCAAAAUUUUUUUUCUUCGUAUGCAGGAAUUUGUGAUGAUUUUAAUCAUAAUCUUACAUUUCUAUACAAAAUAAUUAGAUCUAAUCAUACAGCUUGUUCAUUUUUGCUUUUGGGUAUGUUAUCUAAUAAGAAUCAUACUCAUUAUUUAUUAAUAACUAUUAUAUCAUAUUUACUAGGACUGGCUGAUCCUAUUACUGCCAAAUUUUUUUUAGAACGGUAUAUCAAUGAAAACGAUGAAUAUUCACUUAAAUUAUCUGAUACUAUAAUUGUAUGUUUUCUUUUAGAAUAUGAUUUUAAGCAUAACUCUCCUAUUUUGUUGCUAUUUAAAUUUUUAAUGGUUGAUGCUGCUUGUCAAUGUAUACAUGAUCAAGGUGAUGAAAUUACAAGACAAUAUAAGAAUUUUAAGUUUAUUCAAUAUCUAAACGAUACUAUUGUUUUAAAUGAUAAUGACGAAAUAUUGUUUAGUAAACACAAGGUUUAUAAACCUUUAAGUUUAAUUUGGUAUUUGUUCUCAGAUAUUAAACCGUUAUAUGAACUACGAGAUACAAUUUUUUAUAAUACUUUAUAUAUAAUUAAUAAAUUUAUAUUAAAAAAUGAUAGAUUUUAUUUUUAUAGUAAUAGUCUUGUCAAUUAUACUGCUGAAGAUGAGAAGAAACUAGCGGCAACCUUUGCCGAAUUUAAUUAA